AUGUCAGCCGAGCCGAGCAGCCGAGCCGUAUGUCAGCCGAGCCGUAUGUCAGCCGAGCCGUAUGUCAGCCGAGCCGAGCCGUAUGUCAGCCGAGCCGAGCCGUAUAUGGCCGAGCCAGGCCGUAUGUCAGCCAGCCGUAUGUCAGCCGAGCCGAGCCGUAUGUCAGCCGAGCCGAGCCGUAUGUCAGCCGAGCCGAGCCGUAUGUCAGAUGGUGAUGCUGUCAGAUUCAUCUCUCCCGGUCUCUCUCAUCUCUCCCUCUCAUCUCUGUGUUUCUGUCUGCAGGCAGGGAAGAAGGCAGUGAAAGCAGUGUUGUGGGUCUCAGCAGACGGUCUCCGUGUGGUAGAUGACAAAACUAAGGACCUGAUCCUAGACCAGACAAUAGAGAAAGUAUCGUUCUGUGCUCCGGACAGGAACUUUGAGAGAGCGUUCUCCUACAUCUGUAGAGAUGGAACGACGAGACGCUGGAUCUGCCACUGCUUCAUGGCUAUCAAGGACUCGGGAGAGCGUCUGAGCCACUCGGUGGGCUGUGCCUUCGCUGCCUGUCUGGAGAGGAAACAGAAGAGAGAGAAGGAGUGUGGUGUCACAGCAACCUUCGACUCCAACAGAACCACCUUCACCAGGGAGGGCUCGUUCCGAGUUACCACGGCGACGGAAGCCGCGGAGCGAGAGGAGGUCAUGAGGCAGUUACAGGACAAGAAAGCGGAGGGCGAUGUCAGGCCCCCCAUCCCUCUCUCCUCAGGCCCCAGUGAGGGUGUGGUGAACCAGGCUGUGGCCCCUCUACCAGGGCCACCGUCCCCCUCCUCCUCCCCUCCCCUGGGCCCCCAGGUUAUCCCCCGCAGACACGCCCCAGUGGAGGUCCUGGCCAGACAGGGUUCCUUCAGAGGGUUCCCUGCCCUCAACAACAACUCCUCUCCCUUCAAACGGCAGCUGUCUCUCAGGAUGAACGAUCUGCCCCCUACCAUGCAGUCUGACCUCACCUUGAAGAACACAGUCCCAGAGGUGGAGGGAGAGGGCGACAGCAUCAGCUCGUUGUGUACCCAGAUCGCCUCAGCCUUCAGUGGGCCUCCUGAAGACCCCUUCUCCCAGGCCCCCAUGCCCCGACCAACCUCCACCCCACAGUCACCUGUAGCGCCCCCGGGGGCUCAGCCAGCUCCUCCCUCCGCCACAUCGUCUCCGUCUCACCACUCCCACCGCCGCACGCCGUCGGAGGCUGACCGUUGGCUCGAGGAGGUCACCAAGUCUGUCCGCGCUCCGCAACUCGGGUCCACACCCCCCUCCCAACCGUUCCUCACCCCCAACCCACCACCCUUCUCCACCCCCCCAACCCAGGCAGUUGCCCCUGUGGCCUUCAUGUCCUCUCUGCCCCCUGCGAUUCCCAUGCUGGCCCCUCGCCAACCUGCCUACCACACCCAGGCCACAGCCUCCUACCCCAUGUCCAACGGGCUGCCCUAUGCCCAUCCCAGUGUGCCUGUGAUGGGUAUCACACCCUCUCAGAUGGUGGCCAAUGUGUUUGGUUCAGCCACUCAGCCCCAGGCGUACCCCACCCCCAGCCCCAGGCGUACCCCACCCCCCAGUAUGGCCCUGAUCAGCACACUGUGUGUAUCCCCUUCAGCAACCCCCACCAGCAGCCCCUUCCCUUCCAGGCCCAAUGGGAGUGUAGCCUUCAACGGGGGUGGGGCCGACAGCUGGGCCCCUCCCUCCCUGCCCCCUCCGUCCUCCCCGGCCCCUCCCCUUCCCCCGCAACCCCUGGCGACCGCCGAUCCCUUCGAGGCCAAGUGGGCCGCCCUGGAGACCCACCCCCGCCAGCGCACCACGCCGUCGCCCACUAACCCCUUCUCCUCCGAGCUGCACAAGACCUUUGAGAUCCAACUCUAGAGACUGAGAAGCUGGGAGGAGGAGGAGGAGGUGGACUGGGACUGAGGAGGAGGUGGUGAUUAUGGGGGAUAGGAUACUUUUUUAAUGAAUUUGCAGGUUGGUGAGAGAUGGGAGAGGAGCAGACUAGCCUUUCUCUCAGUCUCUACAUCCGCCUGGAUUGUCUUAGUGGAGGACCUGAGUGGAGGAGAUGGGUGGGUGGGUGGAGCUAUCAGCAGGGAUGAUGGAUGGAAACAGGGAAGGAGAGAUGGAGGUAUGGAGGUGCUGCUGCUGCUUACCAGACAUUUAAUUUGUAUUGUGGGUUUAGUUGUGUUGCUUUGGAUUACGUGGAAGUGGAUAUGAUGACCCUGUGGAGUGGUGGAUCUGAGAACACACAGCCCCGACCCCAACACCCGACCCCAGCCCCGACCCCGACCCCAGCCCCGACCCCAGCCCCAGCCCCGACCCCAACCCCCGACCCCAGCCCCAACACCGACCCCAGCCCCGACCCCAACCCCGACCCGAGCCCUCCCAGCUCUCGAGACACACUCAAACAACUUUACCAGGGGUUCCUACCCCUUCCUCCCUCUCCUGAUCCAGCUCACAGCGCCCCCAGGUGGCUGGAGUAUGAUCUGCUCUCCCGACCACCUGUCGGACAGAAGGACUGCAGCACUGAAAGAGAACUGAGCUUCCAGACCAGAGGUUCUCAUCUAAAAACAUUUAAAAAAUCAGAAAAAGUGAGAGAAUGCCAAAAUCUUUAUUUUUAUGCAUUAAGGUAUAUUUUAAAAAAUAGCUUUGGAAAUCUAACAGAAGAGUUGUAAAGUAAUCUCUGCCAAGGGCACAGAGGAUAGCUAGCUACAAUGAGGGGAUGUGCAACCUGUAUACAAGAAACUAUCAUAUAUUAUAAAUCUAUAUCUAUUAAGAAUAUAUUAGUGUACACAGCUCACGGCAACUGAUUUCUGUGAUGACUUGAAGAGAGAAUGUGUUGACGGGACGGCUGUUUUAUUUUUGUGUUCCGUCUCAUUUUGCCGUUCGCUGUUUUCAUCCUGUGAUUGGAUGUUCUUCUCACUGUAAAUAGCUCAAUCAUCAUCGCAGAAACAAUCGAUGUGGAUCCAGCGGGCAGCAGUGUGGUCGGCAGUAUGGGGUACCCUGGGGGUGUAUUCGUUAAGAACCAAACGGGGGAGAGGGACCUACUUGAAUUUUCCAAUAGAAACUCUUGUUUCCAUUUGCGUAACGUUUUGCUACGGUGCGCGACUAAUGAAUACACCCCCAGGCUGCCUCUGCUACCACUGAUCUGCCCUCUCAAGUCUCCUUACUAUGAUAGUACUAGUCUAGUACUCGAUAGUACUAGUAAUUAGUACUCAUCUAGUACUCGAUAGUACUGGUAAUUAGUACUCAUCUAGUACUCGAUAGUACUGGUAAUUAGUACUCAUCUAGUACUCGAUAGUACUGGUAAUUAGUACUCAUCUAGUACUCGAUAGUACUAGUAAUUAGUACUCAUCUAGUACUCGAUAGUACUGGUAAUUAGUACUCAUCUAGUACUCGAUAGUACUGGUGAGUCGUACUCAUCUAGUACUCGAUAGUACUGGUAAUUAGUACUAAUCGAGUACUCGAUAGUACUGGUAAUUAGUACUCAUCUAGUACUCGAUAGUACUGGUGAGUCGUACUCAUCUAGUACUCGAUAGUACUAGUAAUUAGUACUCAUCUAGUACUCGAUAGUACUAGUAAUUAGUACUCAUCUAGUACUCGAUAGUACUGGUAAUUAGUACUCAUCUAGUACUCGAUAGUACUGGUGAGUCGUACUCGAUAGUACUGGUAAUUAGUACUCAUCUAGUACUCGAUAGUACUAGUAAUUAGUACUCAUCUAGUACUCGAUAGUACUGGUAAAUAGUACUCAUCUAGUACUCGAUAUUACUAGUAAUUAGUACUCAUCUAGUACUCAAUUUUACUGGUAAUUAGUACUCAUCUAGUACUCGAUAUUACUGGUAAUUAGUACUCAUCUAGUACUCGAUAGUACUGGUAAUUAGUACUCAUCUAGUACUCGAUAGUACUGGUAAUUAGUACUCAUCUAGUACUCGAUAGUACUGGUAAUUAGUACUCAUCUAGUACUCGAUAGUACUGGUAAUUAGUACUCAUCUAGUACUCGAUAGUACUGGUAAUUAGUACUCAUCUAGUACUCGAUAGUACUGGUAAUUAGUACUCAUCUAGUACUUAAUAGUACUAUUCGUUAGGACUUAACUACAUUUGACUUCCAUCUUCAUUGUCAUUCUUUUAUUUUAUUGCGGUAAUGUUUGUACUGUGUUGUUGUUGUAUAUUAACACUACGGACAGUGUCAUCUCCCAAUUUUAUUUAUCCUUCAAUGAUAUUAUUUUUUAAAUAAAAAUGAUUGAUUUCCCCAUA